CGUAAGCGGAUGCACCUGUCGCGCCUGCGCAGUGUUAACAUAGUCCACGAAUUUCCAGAAUUUCUCCAAAUUUUGGUAUUUUUAACAUUACAAAAUGCACUGUUCCAAACCAAAAGGGAAUCCUGCAGCCAUUCCAGUCAAACAAGAAGAUACUCAUCUUGAUGGACGAUGGAUGAGCUUGCAUGAGGAUUAUGUGAGUGAAGCAAUGGGGAAGGAGCCAGAUGUUUUGUUCGUUGGAGAUAGUUUGAUACAGCAUUUGGCACAGACUCAGCAUUGGAAGAAUAUGUUUGAACAACUUCACUGCCUCAAUUUUGGCAUUGCUAAAGACCAAACCCAGCAUGUGCUAUGGCGACUUGAAAAUGGAGAAUUGGAAAAUAUUUUACCAAAGGUGAUUGUGUUAUUAAUCGGUACCAAUAACCAUGAUCAUUCAGCAGAAGAGAUAGCUGGUGGGAUAGAGGCCAUCGUUGAUCUUUUGUUAUCCAAGCAACCGCAGGCUCAAAUUAUAGUUCUUGGCAUUCCACCACGAGGAAAACAUCCAAAUUCGCUGAGGACGAAACUAGGUGAAGUCAAUACUAUGCUAUUGGGUAGUCUUAAAGAUAAGCCUAAGGUCACAUUUCUUGACGUCGGGAAGGAUUUCGUCGAAGAGGGCCAAAUCAGUCGACUCGAUAUGUACGACUAUCUGCAUUUUACUCACGAUGGUUACCAGAAGUUCUGCGAGCCCCUCCUAGAGGAAAUUCAAGACAUCGUCGGGAUUACGAAGGCGUGAAUCGUCCAUUAUUAGCUCGAGAGAUCUUUCAUUGUUGUUGUAAGAACAUUGGUGGUGCAUUCAAGUGACUAUAGGUGUCGCUUAGCGUUAUCACGUCUCAUCGAUGUCCGUUAUCAAAAAUAUACAAGCAAGAUGUUCAUUUAUUCGUCUCGCUUGUGUAGUUUUGAUAUUACGUGUGUAUGUGAGUUUGUGUCCGACUGUUACCAACGGUUACCCUGUUCUGCAAAAUGACUCAAGUAGUCGAAGGGGGUUAAUAAGCUAAAACUGGUAGGAAGUUUUGAAAUGUAUGGCAUUCGGUCUGUUUUCUGAUUUAUGCGCGGCCUUGGUGUUCUGGGAUGGGAGUCCGACUCAAAAGCCAAGGAUGAUAGGUUAGGGCCUCACUUCUUUCGCUGCCUUGUCCCCCAUGGUUCAGCUACUGUUUAAUAGAGCUGUAUUGGCUGACCCUGCGAUGAAUUUAAUCUUCCGAGUCUUGUGUGGUGCCGGAGCAAAAUAGUUUCUAAUCAGCUUUGAUAUACGAAAUUCAUCCACCUCCCUCGAUAAAACUGUUGGUAACAUUGGAUACCACUGGUCUGAUAACCAUUUGCUUCAAUCAUAAUUAUUAUAAAAGUAAGAGCUAUAUCUGCAAUUAUUAUUUCCGUCGCGCUUCCUGGUCAGAAGUGAAUGCAUCAGGACUGGUUAAGAAUAAGACUCUGUGCUAGAAUUGGAUAUUCCAUGUGAAAGAUGGGGCGAGCCAAUGGGUGGUGUGGGUCGAGCAAUCGGAUCUUGGUCUGUGACUCAGUUGGUUGUUCAGUUCCGUUGCGACCCAGUAGCUUUGAUGUCGGGCCUAAUGUUUCAGAGAAGUGUUGAGGUGUAAUGUACUUGUAAUCUAGUACAAUGUAGUUUAAACUGUCAACAACUGGACAAGCUAGGCCUUUUCAUGCCAAAACUUGAUAAUGGGUGAUAUGAAUAAAGACUAGCAAAUGCUUUUAUCUAAAACUCCAUGUACAAUUACACUAGGCCUUUCUGUACAAAAUUGAAGUAAAAGCAUUUGCUAGACUUUAUUCAUAUCAGCCAAUGGCUCUGCAGUUCUUAAGAAGAAGAACUGAUUCCAUAUUGUGGGGUCGGUCAAGGAAUUUAUGCCAGAAUUUCUUGGGUCGAUGUAGGGAUAGGUCCUUUGGUGAAUGGCCAAGGGGCUGGACGUAGAGAUAGUUUCAUUAGUUAAAAGCCUAGUGAUAAAGAACUUGUGAACAUUCAGAUAAAAUGGUCAUAUUAGGUUGUAAUCAGACGAUUUUGGUCAUAUUUUGUUUGCAUGGUGUCGGCAAAAUAUUUGUCCUUGCUCUGAUAAAAUAUGUGAAUGUAUAAUUGUAGUAUGUCAAAAAUGUAGCCAUCAUAAAAAAGAUGUAAAAAUUAUUUGUAGUGUUUCAACUGAUGUAAAAUUUAAUGUGUUUGGAUUAAAAGAUAAAAUAUAUUUUCUUUGGUAUCCUGUUAAAAAAGGGUUAAACUGAAAAGGUCUUCUCUGCCCAUCAGGUGAGUGAUUCAGAUCGCUGCACCAAGCAAUCAUGAUUGCAUGCAACAAAAAUUGCUUGUUUGCGAUAAUCGUUACUUGAACCUCCGACACAACAAAAGGACUCAAUCUGGAUACGCUAAAUUUUACUUCGGUUCUGUAUCUUGUUUGUUAAUAUUGAUGUUAAUCAUGAUACAUGCUGCUGGUUGUGCUACGUAAAUGUCUGUCGUUGGGCUAUUUUCAUGUGUAGGGGAUCACAAAAUAGUUGCUAAGGAGACUCACAACUUGAUUAACCAGUUAACUGCGUACCACGAGUAUACUCGUCUAGCCUUGUUUUCAUUCCAUUGCGUACGAUGGACAUACUCGUCCCAGUUUUAUGACCCUAAACAUUCGCUGCUACACCCUUGGAAUCCCCUAAAGAUCGUCAGUGGUGCUAGUUCAUGCUUCUAACACCAUGCGCCGCCACUGUACUGUCGUGUGCAUGGCCAUUUUUCCCGCUGUUCUUCAAGGGAAGAACAAGUUGAAAAUAGACGAAAAACGUCGUUUUCCUGAAAUUUUAUUACGCAAUAGGGUGAAAACUGUGAAAAAUUAAUUCUGCAGUUAACUUGUUAAUUGUUCACAGGGUGGUGGCCGUCAAGUCAAGUCAAGCAUUAUGCAGGUGGUCCGCUGACAAAUGUGACUCGCUCUACCAAAACAAGGCGCUUGUCGCAUCUGAACUUGACAGGUUGAUACGGACUUGUUGUUCAUUUCCCUAUUGUAGACCUUUUGUGAAAUGUGACCAAAUCAGUUUGUAGUAGAUUUCACAAAAGGUCUACAAUAUGGAAAUGAACAACGAGUCCGUAUCAACCUGUCGAGUUCAGAUGCGACAAGCGCCUAGUUUUGGUAGAGCGAGUCACAAAUGGUCAUGUUCGUGUUGAGUUUUCAUCGAUAGAGAGAUUCCUCUGCAAUAUUCUGAGGUAGAGCGUAGUCAAAGAGUGAUGAUGUGAAGUCAUUUUUGAUAUUGCGUUAUGCUAUCUCGGAAUGUCGAGACUCUAUGAUUGGAACAUGUCAGGAAAGUGACAGGAGUCGAGAUGUUGGAUCACACUAUUAGCCCCACUCUAUUGACUGGGAGCUGCGUUAAUAAAUUCCACCAAAACAGCUGCAUUCCAAGUAGGCUUACAAAGAUUUAUCAUGUCAUGGUUAUAGCAUGUCCUGCCAUUGCCAAAAUCUGUCGAAUUAUUGUCCAUAUAUAUAUAUAUGUAUGUAUACUUGUCGUAAUAUCAUUUCGCAGGCUGUACACACUUCUGAAAUCGUGUGAUGUUAGCAAAACUUGCGGCAUUUUACAUGAUGCAUUAUAUGAUGUGUUCAGCAAUUCAUCCCUUUCCUGACCAGAGCCCCCUAGUGGUGUGGGGGAACAGUAUGACUGUGGGUCAACUGGUUCCGACGUCUACCUGUGAGGUUUCCCUAUAAUUAGACGAAAUUUUUUCACUGCACCACAAGAGGUGUCCAUCUUAAAAGAGGUGAAUUGUUCGACUUGAGGAAGUGAGUUCCCAAAACGUGUAUCAAAUAUGGCCGAGUAUAUGUGCUAAAUAGUGCUAUUGUCAUUGCCUUCAAAUGUACAACUUGUUAGCUGAGCUGUAAUGUGGAUUUAAAAUUUCACCGCUGGGGAAUUCAUUUGCAAGACUGGGCCUAAGUCAAACAUUUUGCAUUCUGUUGGCAGUUUUAGUUGAGAUUAUCCAUGAAUUCAUUCGGCUUGUAUUUUCAGCUGUCAUUUUGUGCUUAGUUUUGUAAAGACAUGCUAAUCUCAAUUUCUGAUGGAGUAGUAUUAGUCGUAGUUCCGAGACCCGUGUCUUCGCCGUGUGUCAAAAAACCCGGGGCGCACUUACACCUAUCAGUGGUGUUAGAUAAUGGUUAAUAGCCCCGGCGACAGGUGCGCUGUAGGUAGGGAGCUCCCUGUGUUCACGCAUGCGCAAUACCGAGGCAACUACACCGCACCAUCUGUCACCGGAUCUUAGAACUUGCAAUUGCCGUGUCUAUUCAGAUUCCACCUAUCAAAAAGCCUGUGUUGAACACGGGUCUAAAUUAGCCCCCGAUUUGGCGCAUCGAGCUAGAUGGGGCUAAUAGACACGGGGAUUUGACACACGGGUCUAUUUAGACACGGCAAUUCAUAAGUGUAAGCGCAAAAGACACGGGGAUUUGAUAGGUGGAAGUACAACUGUAGUUAUAAGAAUCCAAACAUGGUGUAUGGGCUAUAGGGCGGCUAUAGAGUGAUACUGUAUCAUAUUACGCUUGUGUAAUUAUGAACUGCCGGGUAUUAGACUGCCUUGUUGAGUCCAGUGUAUAUGCUACUCUACUGAUUCCUCCAAUACGCUGCAACAACAUGCCAAACUAAUCCAUCUUUUCCUCUACCCAGUUGGGUCCAGUGUUUAUCAUCAUCAUCAUAUCAUUACCGGCGUCGUAACCCUAUUGGAUUUUUGCCGGAGGUAUGGAGUCCACUAUAGGCUACUGUCCACCUAUGUAGGAUCUUUUACUUGCCCUGGCUCGGGUACAAGGGACCACGGCUUUUAGUCUCAUCCGACAGACCCUCGAGUAUUUCAUACGUUAAUGUAUGUAUUGUGAAGAGCCAGGAAUUUUAGUUCCUUGAAAGCCACGCCGGUUCAUCCAGAAAUACAAUCCUGGGUUCUCCCCGGGAUCGAACCCGGGCCCUAUUGCGUGGUAGCCAGCAGUGUUAACCACUAGGCUAUGAGGCUCUUAUGCUACCCAACUGAUCACAUUCACAUGUAGUUUAAGUUCAAAUAUAUACCUCAGCUUGCCAUUGCCUCAUUAGCAUUGGCACGUUAUUAAGAGAAGAGCAUUUUCAUAUUAUGUGCUAGCUUAGCUAUUUUUUUCUUGAGUAGAUUUAGUUGUUUGCUUUGUGUAUUUCAUUGCAUAAAAUCAUGUAAAUUUCCAUUCUCUUUUGUACAUAUUGUAUAUUUUUGCUGUCUUUGACCAGCUCAUGUCUGUAUUCGAUUAUAAAAUGAUUUAUGUACAAAGUGUACCACAUCUUGAAUGUUCGAAUUCUGCAAUGCGAACUUUCACCACAGAUUAGAAUCCUGCAACUUGAUUGGCCUAGUUUCUACGAUUCAAUCCUGUGCCAUAGUUAAAUCUCGUCCCAUUUAUGCAGUUUCUUGGCCAAAAGUUAAAUCUGUCACACUUCUAUUCAGUUUAACAUUGAAGGGGACCACGUUCUGAAUGUUAAUGACGUGGGAAGGGUUAAUGGCCCUGUUCAUGUUAGAAAGAAAAAACUUUAUUAUCAGGAGCCUAGAAUU